AUGUCCACAGGCUCUGGCCCUCUGUUCGACAGUGAUAAGGCCAUAUUCAAGGGCGCGGGACACAAGUUUAACAUCGACAACAGCGUUGGAGUCACCAACAGUCCACGUCAAAAUACUGACGUGAAUGUGAACCGUCAUCUAAUGGGUGAGAGACCGAGCAAGCAGGAUGAUUGUAUCGCUAUCGACCCCGGCUAUAACAUUGUGUUCUCAUGUCGCGCAGCUUGCAUAAUCAAAGUCGAGGCGGAAGCCACAAGCUCGAUGUUGUCGGGCAUCACGUACUCUUGCAACACCAUCAAUGGUAUCAUCGUAUACGGCGUCUUGAUCUCACAGUCGUACCCCGAUGAAGCAGACACUCCCGGAACUAGCAGUCCUAUUUCGUGCGUGAGCUUCACCGGCAAAGCUACUAGUCAAAGUCUGAGACAAGAAAACACGACGACUAGUGACUAG